GUUCUACACUUGCUACACCAUUUUCAAUUCUACACCAAGAGUUAGUUCCUGUGUAGGUCCUCGACGAAAAUAAUGGCGACGAAGACUAACGAAUCGGGGAAUAAAUUGUCUGACUAUGAGCUUGGCGAGGUGCUUGGACGCGGAAAGCACUGCACGGUUCAUGCGGCAAAAACGCGCGAAGGUUACGACCACUAAGUGAGUUUCACUUCAGAAACAAAAUCGAUUUAGAUCAUAUUUAAGACUAGUACGUAAUAGAAAGAAAGUAGAAGCAGAUGACGUUGCGAGGCCAACAGUAGGCAAUCAUGCAUGAUAGCAGGUAAAAGGAAUGAUGCUAAUUCUUCUUCGACACAGCCCAUUCGCUCUAAAUCUAGGUCUUCCACCUCCUCUGAGGAGAGAGCUUUGAACAAGCUGAAGCUAGUCACAAUUUUUAUAAGAAGAGUCGUUUCAUCUUGAGUUCUAAGGCCAAAGAGACUAUUUAUCAGAGUGCUAUCCUUCUCUAACAACUCGAGGAUCGUGCUUUGAAGCUAGUUCCAAAGAACAAGCUACCACCGGCAAAGGCCGAACGCGUGACUACUGAGAUCGUAGUCCAUUCUCAGCUUCGGCACAAGGGAAUUUUGGACAUACACCAUGCUUUCGAGGACAAGGACUAUCUGGUCAUGGUCCUGCAGAAGGGCGAACCUGUUCUGCAGACGGGAAAGAAAUUUACUUUACGGUAACUGAUUAUAUAUUAUACUUCACUGUAACUGAGAAGAGGGAAAUUAUAGUUGAUUGAUGAUCUUUGUCUUGUUCUGGUUCUUUCUAGUCAAGUGGCCCACCACAAUUUAUGGGCUUAAGACACAGAGAGAUACAGUCUAUGGUGACUCAUGCAGUUGGCUGAUGAUGAUGAUGAUGAUGAUAGAUACUAACGAAAAGUAUGGACGUGAACUUGUAAUUGUAUUGUCGUAUAUGUGACUAAUGAAAAGUGUGAGGAGGAAAUUCAUUCGAACGUUGCUUUGUUGCUACGACGAAGAAUUCUUGCCCCUCUCUAAUGGCAGAAGCAAAGCUCCGCCUCCUGUUGGCAGAAGUGCUGAAGGCAUUGCUAUGGCCCUACAUCAUCUUCAAGUGAGCAAAUCUUCUCACAAAGAAGAAACUAGCAAUACUAUUCGUCACAAACAGUUUAUUGACUGUUGUUCUUGAAAAACAGAAAAUUCAACUCCUGCUACUGAUUACAGACAGUUUGAAUAUUAAAUGUGAGCUGAGCAAGAACUGAAUUCUCGUUGAAAUUUGAAAUGUGACCCGAGCAAGAACUGAAUCCUCCACGGAAUGAGUUUACUCUCUAAUUUUAGAGUAUUUGCAUGCGUUGAGGUAUGUGCAUGGCAGCGUGGCAAUCGAAAACUUGAUUAUGGUGGAGAAUGCGGUCAAAUUAGCGUUAAGAAAAUGUUUGUUGAAUCUUGUGGUGCCUUUUUAUAGCAUAGAGUAGAUUGAGCUUGACGCACUUAACGCUAACGGAGAGGCAGUUAAGGCACUUUUUAAGGGAGAGACAGCUGAGGCACUUAAGGGAGAGACAGUUGAGGCACCUAAAGGGAGGCGAGUUUGAGGCACUUAGGGGAGAGACAGUUGAGGCACUUGAGGGGAGGCGAGUUUGAGGCACUUUUUAAGGGAGAGACAGUUGAGGCACUUAAGGGGAGGCGAGUUUGAGGCACUUAGCGGAGAGGCAGUUGAGGUACGUAAGGGCAGGCGAGUUUGAGGCACUUAGCUGAGAGGCAGUUAAGGCACUUAAGGGGAGGCGAGUUUGAGGCACUUAGCGGAGAGGCAGUUAAGGCACUUAAGGGGAGGCGAGUUUGAGGUACGUAAGGGGGGGGCGAGUUUGAGGCACUUAGCGGAGAGGCAGUUACGGCACUUAAGGGAAGGCGAGUUUGAGGCACUUAAGGGGAGACGAGUUUGAGGCACUUAAGGGGAGGCGGGUUUGAGGCGCUUAAGGGGCGCGGGCUUGAGGCACUUAACGGAGAAACAGCUGAGGCACUUAACGGAGAAACAGCUGAGGCACUUGACGGAGGAACAGCUGAGGCACUCAGCAGAGAUGUAGCUGAGGCACUUAAGGGGCAGGCUUUUGAGGCACUCAAGGGGCCGGCCUUCGAGGCACUUAUGGGAGGGGAGUUUGAAACACUUAAAAGAGAGGACUCCGCAGCGCUUAACGGAGCGCAAUUUGAAACACUUAACGGAGCGCAACUUGAAACACUUAAGGGAGAGGAAUUUGCAGUACUUAAGGGAGAGGAAUUUGUGGCACUUAAGAGAGGGGGGAAUACAGCACUGAAAAGAAGGGGUUUUGCAGCACUUAACUAACAACAUUUUGAAACACUUAAGGAAGAGGAAUUUGAAACACUUAACAGACGGGAGUGUCCUACACUUAAGCAGCGGCUAUUUGAAACACUUAACGGACGGGAAUUUGCAGCACUCACGGAAGGGGAAUCAGCAACGGGUACCAGAGCGGGUUUCGCAGCGGAUGAUGGGGUGUUCGAGAGAUGAAUAGCAGAGCGGCGUCUUAUUUUCCUCUAAAAAGCGACUUUUCCAGCGUGGCUCGAUUCCAAGACCCGCGUGAUGCAGCACAAGGCACGCUAGCUGCUGCACAAGUAAACAUUUUCUCCAUUGAUAGAUUGAUCUCAGGAGUGUAGCUACGUAUCUUCAUUUUUCCUUGAUCCACCAUCUCCACCCUCUGUUGCAUAAGAAAACUUUACAAUGACUUACCUCAACAUCGACAUUUCGCAAUUUCUCUUGUCCACCAACUACAGCAUCCGAGUCGCGAUCUUUAUCAAUUGGGCAGUUGUGGAGCUUCUUUGUUAAUCGAAAACGCGGAUCCAGUAGUAACUCGAAAUGAAUUUCCGAGUUUUAUGAUGACACAGUGGUACUAGUUUUAGUUUUUCAUCAUCGAAUGGGCAUGUAGCAGGGUAGGACAAGAACAAAACCGCAACUCAGGAUGACGAGAAUCAAACUCAGUUCAACCACCUCUAAGAAUGACAUUUCUCGACGAUGCAUCUCUUGUCUGGAACUGAUGCAGAGACCUGAUAGCACAGCAACUGAUGCUUUGGCGCAUCCGUUUUUCUUGACUAUCGCAAGCAUUCCUAGAAUCUCCUAUGAUCCACGGAAUGAGGAAAUACCAGCAGAGG